AGCAGCCGGCUGUAAGGCGCGGACUCCACCUUCGCCUUCCUUUUAUUCCAGGCCGGGUUUUCCUCGCGCUCCCGGACAGGGAGGAGCCCUGGGCCUGAUGGCUCGGUGGGCCGGGGGCGUGGUGUGGCGGCGUGACGCACUCGGCUCCGAUUGGCCGCUCGGAGCGGCUCAAGGUUUGGCGGGAGCUCCGCCUGCGCGGCAGCGGCCGGUCGACAUGGCUCCACCGCGGCGGACUCGGCGCGCCGGUGUGAGAUCGUCAAAGGACACUGUAGGAAGGGCACGGUCCACAAAAGAUAAAGCUGGUGAAAAGCCCGCGCCUACCAAUGUAUUUGAUUUUCCUGAUGAUUCUCAUAUCUCAAGCAUCAGCAGGCUGGUUGACAAUGAGAAAGAUGAAGAACCUUAUGAAACCUUUGAUCCCCCCUUACACAGCACGGCUAUAUAUGCUGAUGAGGAAGAAUUCUCCAGACUCUGUGGAUCAUCUACCCCUUCACCUCCUCAAGGAAAAGAAGCAAAAAUAAGUUCAGACACUUCUGAAAUUGAAGCAAGUGAAAAUGAGUCUGUAGAAAUUAGUGCAAAAAAGCCAGGGAGAAAGCCCCUGCCCGUUAGUGACGACUCCGAAAGCGCGGAAGACGGUGGCGGAGGCAGCGAAGUUGCCCCGGCAGAGGCAGCAGGCGCGCGGCGGCGUGCGGCGGGGCGUGCACAGCGCUCCGGGACACCUGCGCGGCCUGCGGCUCCCCGGAAGGCGGGGGCCCGCCGUGCCGCGCCCUCUGUGAAGAACGGGACCCUGGCGACAGAAGGCCAGCUGAAAACUCGAAGAAAGGUGUUUUGUGACAAAGGGAAGAAGUCAAGAAGCAAAGCCAUAGACUCAGGUUUUCCUGACUAUGUACAUAUUUGGUGUCUAAAAGAAAAGAAAACCAGUGACAUUAUGGAGUUAGACGUUGUUUUGUCUGCAUUUGAGGAAACCCUCCUGGGAUAUAAACAAAAAAUAGAAUCUAAAAUUUGUAAGGAAGCCAUCAACAAGUUUCAUUGUAAUAUGAAAGAAGAACUCAUCAAAAUACUUAAAGAAGUCCAGACACUGAAAACUCUGAAAAGGAAGAAUGCUAAGAUGGCUUCAGAUAUUGACAAGAAAAGGCAGCACUUGAUUGAAGUCCAAGGUGAACUGCUUCGGUUAGAACCUCAGCUGAAACAACUACAAACAAAACAUGAUGAACUCGAGGAGAGAAGAUCCUUGCUUAGGAAUGCAGCAUAUUUCUUAUCUAAUUUAAAACAGCUUCAUCAGGAUUAUUCAGAUAUUCAGGAAAAAGAACCAAAUGUAAAAGAAACGUAUGAUUCGUCCAGCCUUCCAGCUAUGUUGUUCAAAGCAAGAACCCUCUUGGGAGCGGAAGGUCAUCUGCAAAAUAUCAACCAUCAAUUAGAAAAGCUCCUUGAGUAGGAGACAGGCCAGUCUCAUGUUUCUGCCGA